UAAAAAUCAACAGAGUCAUAGAAUACUCAUUUACAUGAUAGUCGCGCUGUUGGCGCGAAAAUUGACAUUGACAUAGAUGACAGUUUUGAAUCGACUCGUGUGUCUGCUGUGCUGUGGAGUAAAUUGAAAACAAUAUACAUAUUUAAGGAAACCCUAAUAAAUGGUCCUCCAAAAUACUGGGAAAUAUCGAGCUGAUAAAGAAGAGCCUAAUAAGCGAGAUGCUGGCACAUCUUCGGGCUCACGCGAGGAGUCCUCAGAGUCGCGGAUCCGUGUGGCGCUGGAGAAUGAUAGGAUCGAUUCCAAGUACGGCUUCGACAGAGUACGCGAUGCCAAAGAGAGAACAGGUUACCUAAUCAACAUGCACACGGCUGAAGUUCUUGAUGAGGACAAGCGCCUGGUGGCAGCCAUGGACUACUACUUCAUAGAGAUGGAUGGCAGCCGGUUCAAGAUCUCACUGACCUUCCAGCCAUACUUCCUGCUGCUCGCCCGCAAGGAGUGCGAGCAGGAGGUCAUACAGUACCUGUCCAAGAAAUUUGCCAGCACCAUUCAUAAAAUAGAAGUUAUUGAGAAGGAGGACUUGGAUUUGCUAAAUCACCUCUCAGGGCUCAAGCAGCGUUACCUAAAGCUUUCUUUCAUGUCGCAAAACGAGAUGAUGAAGGUGCGGCGCGAGGUGCUCACAGCCGUCAACAAGAACAAGGAGCGAGAGAAGAAAGACGCCAUUUACGCAGAAAUGUUGACCAACGCGCUCACCAGCGCCGCAGCCAUAGAACAUGCUAAGAAGACGACAGACCACAUGGAAAAUAUAUUAGAUAUCAGGGAACACGACGUCCCAUACCACGCCCGCGUGUCAAUCGACAUGAAGAUAUUCUGCGGCUGCUGGUACACCGUGAGGAGCCGCGGCACCGAGCCGCCGCUGCUCGCGCGGCGCGACGACAUCCUCGAGCGGCCCGACCCCAUCGUGCUCGCCUUCGACAUCGAGACCACCAAGCUGCCGCUCAAGUUCCCCGACUCGCAGACCGAUCAGAUCAUGAUGAUCUCCUACAUGAUCGAUGCCCAAGGAUACUUGAUAACCAACAGGGAGAUAAUAUCUGUUGAUGUUGAGGAUUUUGAGUACACGCCUAAACCUGAGUUUGAAGGGCAAUUCAUAGUCUUCAAUGAAGCAAAUGAAAUGGCUUUGAUUCAAAAGUUUUUUGAUCACAUUAUGGACGUGAAACCCCAUAUUUUUGUCACUUACAACGGUGAUUUCUUCGACUGGCCGUUCGUGGAGGCUCGCGCGGCCAUACUGGGGCUGGACAUGAAGCAGGAGAUCGGCUUCAGCAAGCUGGCGGCGCGGGACGGCACCUACGCCUGCCGCCCCGCCAUGCACAUGGAUUGUCUUUGCUGGGUGAAGCGCGACUCGUACCUACCGGUGGGCUCUCAGGGCCUGAAGGCCGUGGCCAAGGCCAAGCUGCGCUACGACCCCGUGGAGCUCGACCCUGAGGACAUGUGCCGCAUGGCGGCUGAGCAGCCCCAGGUCCUGUCAAACUACUCUGUGUCGGACGCCGUGGCCACGUAUUACUUGUACAUGAAGUACGUGCACCCCUUCAUAUUCGCUCUGUGUACCAUUAUCCCCUUGGAGCCAGACGAGGUUCUCCGUAAAGGCUCCGGCACGCUGUGUGAAUCCCUGCUCAUGGUGGAAGCCUUCCACGCCAACAUCGUGUUCCCCAACAAGCAAGUGGAGGAGCUCAACAAGUUGACGGCCGACGGGCACCUGCUGGACGCCGAGACCUACGUCGGCGGACACGUCGAGGCGCUCGAGUCAGGCGUAUUCCGCGCCGACAUAAAAUGCAAGUUCCGCAUCGAGCCCACAGCCGUCGACAAGCUGAUCGACACCAUAGACAAGACCAUGAGGCACGCCAUCGAGGUGGAGGAGGGGAUUCCCCUGGCGAUGGUCACCAACCUGGACGACGUGUGCGCCGAGAUCCGCGAGAAGCUGCAGCACAUGAGGGACCACCCGCGGAGGGAUGAGAACCCGCUGAUAUACCAUUUGGAUGUGGGGGCCAUGUACCCUAAUAUUAUUUUGACGAACAGGUUACAACCAUCCGCAAUGGUGAACGCAAGUAUCUGUGCCGUGUGCGACUACAACCGUCCGGGAGCCUCCUGCCAGCGGCACAUGGACUGGAUGUGGAGAGGGGAUUUCUUGCCGGCGACUCGCAGCGAGUACCAACGCAUCCAGCAGCAGCUGGAGACGGAGCGGUUCCCGCCGCUGCACCCCGGCGGCCUGCCGAGGGCUUUCCACAACUUGCCCAAGGAAGACCAGGCCGCGUACGAGAAAAAGCGUUUAGCGGACUACUGCAAGGUCGCGUAUAAGAAAACCAAGGUGACGAAGACAGAGGUGCGGACCACCACCAUCUGCCAGAAGGAAAACUCCUUCUACGUCGACACUGUGCGGGCCUUCAGAGACCGCCGCUACGAAUACAAAGCGCUAAACAAGCAAGCCAAAGCCAAGGUGGCGGAGGCGGUGGCGAGCGGCGACGCGGCCGAGAUCAAGUCCGCCAAGAGCAGGGAGGUGCUGUACGACUCGCUGCAGCUGGCCCACAAGUGUAUUCUGAACUCGUUCUACGGAUACGUCAUGCGACGGGGCGCUCGUUGGCACAGUAUGGAAAUGGCGGGGAUCGUGUGCUACACGGGCGCCAACAUCAUCAUGAAGGCCAGAGAGAUCAUCGAGCAAGUCGGCAGGCCCUUGGAAUUGGACACUGACGGUAUCUGGUGUGUCCUGCCGGCGUCCUUUCCUGAGACCGUGACGGUUCUCACUACACAUCAGAAGAAGAAGAAGAUUAACGUGUCCUAUCCUAAUGCAGUUCUAAACGCCAUGGUUAAGGACCACUUCACAAACGACCAAUACUUCGAGCUGGUGGACCCCGUCACCAAGAAGUACGAGCAGCGCGCCGAGAACUCCAUCUUCUUCGAGGUGGACGGGCCGUACCUGGCCAUGGUGCUGCCGGCCUCGAAGGAGGAGGGCAAGAGGCUCAAGAAACGAUACGCUGUUUUUAACUUUGACGGCUCUUUGGCUGAGUUAAAGGGUUUCGAAGUAAAACGGCGUGGAGAACUGCAGCUUAUCAAAAUAUUCCAAUCAUCCGUAUUCGAAGCGUUUCUCAAGGGAAACGAUUUGAAGUCCUGCUACGCAUCGGUUGCCAAGGUGGCGGACUACUGGCUGGACGUGCUGUACAGCAAGGGCUCCAACAUGCCCGACUCCGAACUCUUUGAGCUGAUCUCCGAGAACCGCUCCAUGUCUAAGAAGCUAGAAGACUAUGGAGGGCAGAAAUCUACGUCCAUAUCCACUGCGAAACGGCUCGCAGAGUUCUUGGGAGAUCAGAUGGUGAAGGAUGCUGGGUUGGCUUGCAGAUUCAUAAUAUCGCGCAAACCGGAAGGCGCGCCGGUGACGGAGCGCGCCAUCCCCCUCGCCAUCUUCCAGUCGCCGCCCGGCGUCAAGCGGCACCACCUGCGGCGCUGGCUCAAGGACAGCAGCGUCAGCGAGCACAUCGACAUCCGCGACGUGCUCGACUGGGCCUACUACAUCGAGCGGCUCAGCGGCGCCAUACAGAAGAUCAUCACCAUCCCGGCCGCCAUGCAGGGGGUAAGCGACACCACCAUGCAUCACCUGUCUCACUGCAGCGUCAGCGAGCACAUCGACAUCCGCGACGUGCUCGACUGGGCCUACUACAUCGAGCGGCUCAGCGGCGCCAUACAGAAGAUCAUCACCAUCCCGGCCGCCAUGCAGGGGGUAAGCGACACCACCAUGCAUCACCUGUCUCACUGCAGCGUCAGCGAGCACAUCGACAUCCGCGACGUGCUCGACUGGGCCUACUACAUCGAGCGGCUCAGCGGCGCCAUACAGAAGAUCAUCACCAUCCCGGCCGCCAUGCAGGGGGUAAGCGACACCACCAUGCAUCACCUGUCUCACUGCAGCGUCAGCGAGCACAUCGACAUCCGCGACGUGCUCGACUGGGCCUACUACAUCGAGCGGCUCAGCGGCGCCAUACAGAAGAUCAUCACCAUCCCGGCCGCCAUGCAGGGGGUAAGCGACACCACCAUGCAUCACCUGUCUCACUGCAGCGUCAGCGAGCACAUCGACAUCCGCGACGUGCUCGACUGGGCCUACUACAUCGAGCGGCUCAGCGGCGCCAUACAGAAGAUCAUCACCAUCCCGGCCGCCAUGCAGGGGAUAAGCGACACCACCAUGCAUCACCUGUCUCACUGCAGCGUCAGCGAGCACAUCGACAUCCGCGACGUGCUCGACUGGGCCUACUACAUCGAGCGGCUCAGCGGCGCCAUACAGAAGAUCAUCACCAUCCCGGCCGCCAUGCAGGGGGUAAGCGACACCACCAUGCAUCACCUGUCUCACUGCAGCGUCAGCGAGCACAUCGACAUCCGCGACGUGCUCGACUGGGCCUACUACAUCGAGCGGCUCAGCGGCGCCAUACAGAAGAUCAUCACCAUCCCGGCCGCCAUGCAGGGGGUACGCGACACCACCAUGCAUCACCUGUCUCACUGCAGCGUCAGCGAGCACAUCGACAUCCGCGACGUGCUCGACUGGGCCUACUACAUCGAGCGGCUCAGCGGCGCCAUACAGAAGAUCAUCACCAUCCCGGCCGCCAUGCAGGGGGUAAGCGACACCACCAUGCAUCACCUGUCUCACUGCAGCGUCAGCGAGCACAUCGACAUCCGCGACGUGCUCGACUGGGCCUACUACAUCGAGCGGCUCAGCGGCGCCAUACAGAAGAUCAUCACCAUCCCGGCCGCCAUGCAGGGGGUACGCGACACCACCAUGCAUCACCUGUCUCACUGCAGCGUCAGCGAGCACAUCGACAUCCGCGACGUGCUCGACUGGGCCUACUACAUCGAGCGGCUCAGCGGCGCCAUACAGAAGAUCAUCACCAUCCCGGCCGCCAUGCAGGGGUUGGACAACCCGGUCCCGCGCGUGCAGUACCCCGACUGGCUGCACAAGAAGAUGCUGGCCAAGACCGACAAGUUCAAGACCAGGAAGAUCACAGACAUGUUCACCGCGCAGCCCAGGGAGAAGCGGCCCGAUGCCGCUAAUGAAGAUAACGAUGGGAAUGUGGACACCGAAGUGGACAUGGAGGAUAUCGGCAAAGAUGCCACACCUCGUCCAUUCCGCCCCAUGGUGACAGUGAAGCGGAAACGCGAAGAGUCGCCUGUGAAGGAAGCCGCUACUUGGCGGGAGGCCUUCGGGCCGCCACCGCCGUUUGGAACCACGCGGGAAGAACGAAGAGCUUGGAUUUUGUUUCAAAAGAAGAAAUGGAAAUGGCAGAUAGAGCAGAGAAAGAUGUCUAACAGAAGCAAACGAGGCAGGAUGGACAACGAGAGCCCCCUGGGCGCGCCGCGCAGCCUGCGCCCGGGCGCCACGCUCGGCAGCUUCAUCCGGCGCGCGCAGCGGACUCUGCUCAACACCCCGUGGCAGAUCAUUCAGAUCCUUGAAACCUCGGAACCAGGUCUCUUCCGCCUCUGGGCCCUAGUCGGCUCAGACCUCCACCAGAUCAAGUUGACAGUCCCGCGCAUCUUCUACGUGAACAGUCGAGUAGCUCGCUCGACCGACACGGGCCAGUACUGGCGCAAGUGCUGCCGCGUACUGCCGCGAGCACAUCCUGUAUUACACCUGUACCAGUACAGCGUCAGUGAGCAGCUCUACAGGGAACACCAGGAAGAGCUGAUAGCGGAGCUGUCGGCGCCCGAGAUCGAGGGCAUCUACGAGACGCAGAUGAGCCUGGAGUUCCGCGUGCUGGUGCAGCUGGGCUGCAUCUGCACCGUCGACCCGGACGAGGCCAGGCGACUAAUCCACCAAGGAUCGAACUCAGAUUCGUUCACACUGAGCCAACUGCAGUUCAAAAGCGUGGCUCAUCAACCCUAUCUUCAGAAACAAAACGGCGUAGCACCGCUAAAACAUAUCUACCUUUACCAACACUCGGCCUUGAACUCUACGCGCAGCAUGUGGGCGCUGGUGCUCGGGCCCACCAAGAAGGCGCUGGUCGUGGUGCAGGACUCCGUCAAGACCAACCAGAUGCCCAACAUGCACACGCUGCUCGCCACCGAGACCACCGCCAAAAUCAACCUGGGCACAGACGAGAGUACCCUCCCGAGCACCGAUCUGACCUGGGAGGUGGCGGUAGAAACGGAGCCCCGCGCAGUUUACCGGAGAAUAGGGCGCGCGCUGCAGCGGUACCGCGAGGAGCAUCCUGGGCCCACGCUAAUAGCUCUGCAGACUCUUCAUAGCGUUCCGGCACUGCUGGCAUUAGUACCUGGUCUGUCGGAGUUCCCCUUGGUGCCGCUGCACGUGCGCGACGUAGAAACACUAUACAACACGCUGGAAUGGCAGCGCGUGGGCGCGCGCACCAUCGUGCGCCACUACCUCAACCUGGACUCCGUGCUCACGCUCACCGCGGAGCAGUGCAGAUAUUUCCACGUGCCACUAGGCAACCUGCCUCCGGACCCGACGUUGUUCGGCGCGGAUCUGUUCUACGCGCGGCACCUCAUCAAGCACAACUUCGUGCUGUGGGCCUCCAACCUGGAGCGGCCCGAUCUGGGCGGCCGCGAGACUGACGAUAAUAGACUAGUAAGCGAAGUGGAAGAGAUGUCUGGCUGCACACACAACGCUAUGGGCGCGUACGACUCCGUGUGCGUGGAGCUGGAGAGCGACGCGCUGUGCGUGUGCGCGCUGCUGCAGGCGCACCACAUCCUGCAGCACGAGGGCACCAGCGUGGCCACGGCCUUCAGUCGGACGCAGCCCAACGAUCCUAUGGGCCUGAACGCGUCGGUAGCGUACGACGAAACAGCACAAUGUAGCGCCGCGUUCCGAGUACUGCGAACGAUGAUAGCAUCCUGGCUUAGGGACGUCACGGUGUAUAAAAACGUGUUCGCCGAUUACCAGAUUACACACUUCUACAGAUGGUUAAAGACCCCAACGUCGCUUCUCUACGACCCCGCCUUACGCCGCACACUAUACGGGCUGAUGAAGAAACUGUUCCUUAUGUUGGUAGCAGAGUUCAAGCGAUUGGGGUCUGUUAUAGUGUAUGCGGACUUCAACAAGAUACUGUUAUGCACUAAGAAGAAAUCGGUUAUGGAUGGCAUAGGUUACGUAGAGUUCGUGGUGCAGAGCAUCCGCAACAAGGAGCUGUUCCACGGCGUGGACAUCCGCUACAAGCAGUGCUGGAGCUACCUGCUGUGGCUGGACCCCGCCAACCAUGCCGGCGUGCAGGGUAAAUUACCAGAGGGUCUCGUUGAAGUUGGCUCAUCACAGCUGCCGCCAGCGGAAGAGAAUGCAGAAGAUGAGGAGGGCAUGAUCGUGAUGAACUGGAACCUGGCGUUGUUCCUGCCUCGUGGCGUGCGCGAGCCGUUCGCGGCGGCCGUCAGCGGCUUCGUGGGCGCCGCCGCCGCCGCGCCCGGCGGGCUCGCCAACAUGCUGGCCGGCGAGAUCGCGCAGAAGCUGUUCCAGAUGACAGAAAAGAUCCACACGCGCAUGCCGGUACUAAAGCCGGGCGACGUGGAGGCGCGGCCGGGCCGGCGCGGCGAGCAGCACGCGCCCGCGCUGCAGUUCGUCAACGCGCUCUGCAAGGUCAUCUCGCUCGACCCCAAGCUCGACGAACAGAUAACGCUGGUUCGCCGUAACCUGCUGCGGCUGAUCGGGGUCGGCGAGUUCAGCGCCGCGGCCGAGUGGCGCGACCCGUGCGCCAGCUGCGUGCUCACCGAGCUCAUCUGCAAGGUGUGCAACCACUGCCGCGACCUGGACCUGUGCCGCGAGACCGACAUCGCCACCGUGGACGACGUGUAAGUGUACAGCGCGGCCGCCGAGUGUGCGACCCGUGCGCCAGCUGCGUGCUCACCGAGCUCAUCUGCAAGGUGUGCAACCACUGCCGCGACCUGGACCUGUGCCGCGAGACCGACAUCGCCACCGUGGACGACGUGUAAGUGUACAGCGCGGCCGCCGAGUGUGCGACCCGUGCGCCAGCUGCGUGCUCACCGAGCUCAUCUGCAAGGUGUGCAACCACUGCCGCGACCUGGACCUGUGCCGCGAGACCGACAUCGCCACCGUGGACGACGUGUAAGUGUACAGCGCGGCCGCCGAGUGUGCGACCCGUGCGCCAGCUGCGUGCUCACCGAGCUCAUCUGCAAGGUGUGCAACCACUGCCGCGAGACCGACAUCGCCACCGUGGACGACGUGUAAGUGUACAGCGCGGCCGCCGAGUGUGCGACCCGUGCGCCAGCUGCGUGCUCACCGAGCUCAUCUGCAAGGUGUGCAACCACUGCCGCGACCUGGACCUGUGCCGCGAGACCGACAUCGCCACCGUGGACGACGUGUAAGUGUACAGCGCGGCCGCCGAGUGUGCGACCCGUGCGCCAGCUGCGUGCUCACCGAGCUCAUCUGCAAGGUGUGCAACCACUGCCGCGAGACCGACAUCGCCACCGUGGACGACGUGUAAGUGUACAGCGCGGCCGCCGAGUGUGCGACCCGUGCGCCAGCUGCGUGCUCACCGAGCUCAUCUGCAAGGUGUGCAACCACUGCCGCGACCUGGACCUGUGCCGCGAGACCGACAUCGCCACCGUGGACGACGUGUAAGUGUACAGCGCGGCCGCCGAGUGUGCGACCCGUGCGCCAGCUGCGUGCUCACCGAGCUCAUCUGCAAGGUGUGCAACCACUGCCGCGACCUGGACCUGUGCCGCGAGACCGACAUCGCCACCGUGGACGACGUGUAAGUGUACAGCGCGGCCGCCGAGUGUGCGACCCGUGCGCCAGCUGCGUGCUCACCGAGCUCAUCUGCAAGGUGUGCAACCACUGCCGCGACCUGGACCUGUGCCGCAAGACCGACAUCGCCACCGUGGACGACGUGUAAGUGUACAGCGCGGCCGCCGAGUGUGCGACCCGUGCGCCAGCUGCGUGCUCACCGAGCUCAUCUGCAAGGUGUGCAACCACUGCCGCGACCUGGACCUGUGCCGCGAGACCGACAUCGCCACCGUGGACGACGUGUAAGUGUACAGCGCGGCCGCCGAGUGUGCGACCCGUGCGCCAGCUGCGUGCUCACCGAGCUCAUCUGCAAGGUGUGCAACCACUGCCGCGAGACCGACAUCGCCACCGUGGACGACGUGUAAGUGUACAGCGCGGCCGCCGAGUGUGCGACCCGUGCGCCAGCUGCGUGCUCACCGAGCUCAUCUGCAAGGUGUGCAACCACUGCCGCGACCUGGACCUGUGCCGCGAGACCGACAUCGCCACCGUGGACGACGUGUAAGUGUACAGCGCGGCCGCCGAGUGUGCGACCCGUGCGCCAGCUGCGUGCUCACCGAGCUCAUCUGCAAGGUGUGCAACCACUGCCGCGAGACCGACAUCGCCACCGUGGACGACGUGUAAGUGUACAGCGCGGCCGCCGAGUGUGCGACCC